GCCAAACCCGACAUCACUUCACGUCCAUCUAUGUUCCGCUUCGCCUCGCAUCAACGUUUCUCCGCCCCUCACUUCCUUUUUCCUUGGCCAGUUUCUCUCUCACCUGCCCCCCUCCCUCGCCGCACCGCGCUAUGACGUCCUCCAGAACGGCAGCCAGCAGUUUGCGGAUGGACGUGCUCCUUCGCGCCUCGCAUUCCGCGCACCUUCCACUACUUCCGCGAUACGCGCAGCGGCGGCACGCGGCGGAUCUUCAGGUCUCGUCCAGCGGGCGCGUCUCUCGCCGCCCGCUCCUCCCCACGGGCCGGCGGUCGGAUCUAGUGGCGGCAGGAGCGCGCCAGCCGUCGAGCUGCCGCGCGUCCUUCAACGGCUUCGGCCGGCGAUCCUCGCGCUCGCGGGACGAGCGCAGUCAUGCGCACGCGCGCGCAGAGGGAGGCAUGUGGCAGGGGGGGGAGGGGGAGGAGAGGGGACGGCGGGAUGCCGGCAGAUCAGCGUCGGGGGGAGCGGGUCCCGCGUGGAUGGGGAUGGGCGCGGGGGGAGGGGGAGCGCGGGCGGGCAUGGGCGACGUGCAGCGGCUGCUGAUCGGGGGGGCGGUGCUGGCGGCGGUGACAUGGCUCAAGUUCGCCACGGAGGGGCAUCUGGGCUGGCUGGGGGACGGCGCGCUCGAGGGCGUGGCGCAGCUCUGGUUCGUGUUCUACCUGCUGGACCUUUCCCUCACCACCGCCACGUGGAUCGUCGGAAAGCUCACCUCAACGCUCGCCGUCGCCAAUUGCCCCUGGUGUGACCACCAGUUCACCUUCGACAGGAACGCCGUGUCGCAUGGAGCACCUGUCUGCCCCUCGUGCCUUCGCUCCAUGAAAUAUGAAGACGGCCAGUUCCAACAAGGAGAUGGCGGCCGCUCUGGCUUCAGUGCGCGAUCAAGGUCCCAAGGGCAACAAGGCUGGAGGGCCACAGGGGACACUGUAGUGGACGUGGAGGCGACAAUAAUUGACAAGGAAUAAGCCUUCUACAAGAUUGCUUACCUCAGUAUUUUACAGGGAGCAAUUAGCGCGUGUACAAAUAAAGUGCAUUUCUGUUUUUUCAUUGCUAUCUAAAUCAUGGUU